AAUUGGGCCCCAGAGCCAGCGGAGGGGACCGGCGCAGCGGUCUGCUGCAGGCCAGACACUGAUCACCGCUCAACAAAAGACCAAAAAGUGGAAGGAUUGGAAGCUGUGCCUGUGAUCUGCAGCUCCGCGGCCCGUGUGGCCGUUACGUGUCUGCACUCCAUGGCCGUUGCUGCCCUCUACCCCCUUCUCUCUCAGACUGCUCCGCUCAGCGAGACGGAGAACCACCAGCGGGAUGAAGAUGGACCAACUGGAUUUGUGUUCUCUCUUCUGUGUGACUAGAUGAAGGGACUCCCACCUUCAUUCAUCAGCAGCGGUUAGACUGCAGAGCAAACAGAUGCAGAAGUAAACAUCAUCAGAUUAUUUAAAUUGACUUUCUCAGCAUAGACCUUGCUGAGUGUUGACUCUUGUAGUUCUGGUUAUGAGUUGUUCAUCUCCAACCAAUGAGCCAGAGAGCUGCAGCAGCGAGGAGAGCAGCUGCACCACCUCCUCCAUUACUACCUCCGACCCGUCCUCUAUGUCUGGACAGACUGACCCCCUAAAUGAGGCCCAGCAUAAAGCUCCUCCGCCUCCUCCCCUCCCCCCUCCUCCUCCCCCACCCCUGGCGACGACGCCCGCCAACCACAACCCAAGGAAAAAGCGCCGUGUGCGCAGCUUCUUCUGGAAGCCCAUCCCGGAGGAGAAGGUGCGCGGGAAGCCGAACAUCUGGACGCUGGCGGUGCGGCAGCAGCAGUACCAGAUCGACGUUCGCUCUGUUGAGGAGCUGUUCGGGCAGCAGGAAGAUGCGGCCUCGGCUUUACGAGGCACAACGGCGACAACUGGAACCUCGACUCGUAUAUCGAGGUCCCGCUCCUUUAAGGACAACAGCAGGAAUGAG